AUGGGCUGCACGUCGGCCAUCGUCUUCACCUGCUUCGGUGCCGCAUACGGCACCGCAAAGUCUGGUGUCGGUAUCUGCGCCAUGGGUGUUCUCCGUCCUGAUUUGAUCGUCAAGAACAUUGUACCCGUUAUCAUGGCUGGUAUCAUUGGUAUUUAUGGUCUCGUCGUUUCGGUCCUGAUUUCCGAUGGAUUGAAGCAACAAUUGCCCUUGUACACUGGCUUCAUUCAACUCGGUGCCGGUCUUUCUGUCGGUUUGGCUGGUCUGGCUGCUGGUUUUGCUAUCGGUAUCGUUGGUGAUGCCGGUGUACGGGGUACUGCACAACAACCUCGUCUCUUCGUCGGAAUGAUUCUCAUCCUUAUUUUCGCUGAAGUCUUGGGUCUUUACGGCUUGAUUGUCGCCCUGCUCAUGAACUCGAAGGCCAGCUUGGACGUCUCCUGCUAA